UCGUUAUAAGUCCAGCUCUCCCAAGGUUACUCGGCAGCGAGUGAAUUCAGCAUGGUUGAUGCUUGGAAAUUUUCAGCUGGUUCUUCCAAGCUCCUUGGGAGUUGCGGUGGUUGUAGCUCCGGCCGAACGGAGAGAUCAGGAUGGAAGAUAAUAAUGGAUUGUUUCUCUCUUGCAGUCUCUCCGAACUCAUGUGUUUGCGUGAAGACACAGGAAGAAGAGGAUGGCCUCGAGAGGAAGUCUCUCAUAAAAAGCCAUGUGGAACAGGUGCUAAAGAUCAAAGAUGUUCUUGAUGGUGCCAAGACACUGGCUUUUCAUCUGGAGCCGAAGACUGUAGUUCUGAAGGUGUCGAUGCACUGCAAUGGUUGCGCAAGAAAAAUUGAAAAGCACAUCUCGAAGAUGGAAGGAGUGAGCUCCUUCAAAGUGGACUUGGAAAAGAAGAAGGUGGUCGUGGUCGGGGACAUCACUCCAUUUGAGGUGCUGGAGAGUGUAUCCAAGGUCAAAUUUGCCGAGCUGUGGUUGGCCUGAGCUACAGUUGUUGCUCAAAGAACACGUACUGUUGUAUUGGUUGAUGCAGUUUCUGGAAAGAAAAGACAAGGAUUGGACUGGUGCAGGUGAUUUAUUAGCAAGAGCCAGGCACUCAUGUGCAA